CCACACACCACACUCUCCUCCCCCGUCACCUAACACUCCAGCCAGAGAGCCCAAUUCUCCAUCUAAUACCAUCCCAUCGCAACAACCACCGUCCUCUUUCCCCGGAAAUCACCCAAUGAUCACUCGGGCCAAAGCCGGGAUUUUCAAACCUAAGCAUUUCCUAAAUCUCUCGGCAAUCCUCCAACCCUCCCCCAUCCCAAAAAACCCCAUUACUGCCCUACGUGAUCCUAGUUGGAAAACCGCCAUGGAUGAUAAAUUUUGUGCACUUAUUAAAAAUAGGACGUGGGAGUUGGUUCCCCGGCAGCCCGACACUAACAUUGUACGUUGUAUGUGGUUGUUUAAACAUAAAUACAGGUCGGAUGGCUCUCUUGAACGUCACAAAGCACGGCUGGUAGAGAACGGCAACUCUCACCAAUUCGGCGUUGACUGUGAGGAGACCUUCAUUUUGGUGUCUUGGACUUGUCGUAAUAUGAAAAGGGAGUGAUCACACUUGCUAUGUCAAAUAUGGUCAAAUUCUCCGCUUACAUGGCUUUUGCCACAUUCGGUCCCCCGACUAUUGUAUCAAAAUCGUAGUGGAGUGAUUAAAAAUAUCAAUUUGAUAAGACUCAGUGACUAAAUGUGGAAAACUCUGAAGUUGGGGACUAAAAGGGUAUCUAGCACCAUAAUUGAGGACUAAAAUGGAAAAAUUAAAAGUCGAGUACCAAAUAUGUCGCUGACACAAUAGUCGGGGGACCGAAUGUGACAAAAGCUCUAAAUUUGAAUUAUGAAAUGCUGUGUGUGACUCCCUUAUUAUUGACUUCACAUAGUACAUGUUAACAUUACUUUAAUUUUAGAAUCAUUGUGUAACUCAUUAAAUGAUGCAAAUGCUAAUAUAAUAUAAAAAAAUUC